AUGGUGCAUGCUCGUGAUGUCGUCCCAGGUGAAUCUUCCUUACCCACGGAGGAUGACCUGGACUUGCAUCGAAGUGAUCUUCUGCAGGGAACGUUGCAAGCAGAUGGUGCACUUUGGCAGACGGCAGGACGAUGCUGGAGCGUUGCCAAAGACUUGGAAAUUGAUCCAAAUUUGCAAUUUCGGUGCCGCUUCAUGCUCUUGUUCCUAUUUGGCAUCCUCGGGCAUGAACAUCCGCUCCGGCCGCUGCUCCCUGAGCGAAGCUGCGAGGAGUGGGCUUUCCUCUCCAUGCCGGACAGGGUGUUGCGCACCCUCGAUCUGGAGAUGAUGCAACGCUUCUACCGUCCCGGCCAAGAGUACGAACUCGGCAUUCCUCGAGACAGAGAAGUGUGGAUUGUCGGAGCAUUUUCCUCUGGACCAGAAGAGCUCGGGCAGAUCUUACGGUGGACACCGUCAAGGAUUCACAUGUUCGAGCCGAUCGUAGAGUUCUUCGAGAAGUUGAAGUUGCAAUGGCGUGGUCACGAGCACGGACAGCUGGUGCAUCUACACAACUACGGUCUUGGGGAAGCACGAGAAGCUGGCGAGAUGUUCAUGGCCUCUGUUGGAAGCUCUCUCUUCCAGCCCAUGGAGUUCUCGGCGACUCGCUUGUUCCUGGAUUCUGUGAGCGACUUCAAACACGGGAGGCUCCGCGAGCAUCGCACCCACGUCCGCGUGGAGGCUGUCGAGCUGGUCUGGAGAAUCCUUUCCACGGAAUCCCUCGGCCUCCUCCACAUGAAUUGCGAGGGCUGUGAGUACGAAGUAAUUCCGCAGCUGGCGUCGGCGGGGCUUUUGCACAAGAUUCAGGUCAUCUUCGUGGCAUCGCAUCUGGUGCUCAAUGAUAAAGAAGCCGAUGAGCUCUGCGAUGCGGCAUCUUCGGGCACCUGCUCGUGGCUGGGCUGGCCGAGGACGCCGUGCAGCAGCCUGCUCUUGUGCGGGUGUCUGGCCGCAUCUGAGACCGUGGAGCUGCGGGAUGUUGGGAAGUUUCUGGAUCCGGUGUUUGUGCCGGACUUCUUUCUCGAUGCUGCUCCAGCGGCAGAGGUCUUCGGGGCCCUCACGGACGAUCCACCGUCGGGCAAAGGCUACGUGGCCUCAGUGCUGGACUCACUGCAGGUCCCUCCGCGGAUGGCCCCGGUUCUCCUUUGGGAGACCGGCCUUCUUUUGCAGCAUUUGGCCUCCAAGGAGGUCUCACAGGUGAUCGUAGAUGUUGGUGCACACGAGUGGAGCCGCUUUCUUCCAAGUCUACGGGAAGAUCCUAAAGCUUGGUUGAUCCUUCUGGAGCCGGGUCGGAAAGCAUUCUUGAUGCUUUAUCGACGCCUGAAGAUGAACUAUGCCGAUGUGAUCGACCGGGUAGUGGCCCUUCCAGUAGCGCUGACGUGGGAACCAGGCCGCCUCUGGGGCUUUCGUGUGCUUCACACCAGCAACGUCAUGGAGGGAGAAUGCAACAGCCUACUGGAGCCGAAUGACCAGAUUCCGGUUCCCUGCAUUGACAGAGGCCCAGAAGAGAUUGUGCCCGUAAUGUCCUUGGACGUCUUACUGGAGCUGCUGCUUCACGACGCCUCCUUCACCAAGGGCCACAGCCAAGAUGAUGCCGCCGCAUCUCACAAGGAAGGACCUCCCAUCAGAAUCAAGUUGGAUGCACAAGGGGCCGACUUCAGCAUCUUCUCGGUCCUGGAGUCCACGGAGGCGCUGCUGGAGCGUGUGGCAGAGGUGCAGCUGGAAGUCUCGGAUCCAAUGUACCAUCUGCAGCCCUCCAGGCAUGAUAUCAUGGUGGGAAUGCGUCGCCUUGGGUUUCAGUUGGAUUGGCAGAAGCAGGAGAUUCACGAUGGAGGAGUGCACCAAGUGCGCUGUGGGUGUCGUUUGGUCACCGACAAUCCUCGUACCGAAGACUGUUUCUUCGUUCGUGCUGCGGAUUGGACUCACGGACGGAUGUUGGAUCUCUUCCUUCGGCGACCAGAUGAGUCCGUGCGCUUAAGCGAGGGAACUGGGAUGAGCAUCUCCCUACAGUAUGGCCGUUACAUGCAGGAACAUAUCAACGCGUGCGAGCGCGACGCGGGCGCAAGGUUAGAAGAGCAGGAUGAUGAGAUGGGUGCUGGCGGAUUGGCCUGCCUCUACCGCAUUGCAGGCUGGCCACUACGACAAGCGGCACUCUCAACCGCACUGCUGUGGGAGAUGAUUUGGAAUAGCAAGCAACAAGCAGAUCGUGGCACUCUCGUGGUAAACUAUGCGCAGGUGAUACUCGCAAUGUGGGAUCUCCUAGUCUUCGGUGGGCCAGACCAUGACUCUGCGUGGGACGAGCUUCAUGAUGCUGGGGUGGCGCACUUGAUGUUCACAGCUGCUAGCCUUAGUUUAUUUGAGGGCCAAAUGUUUUCCAAUCUGGUUACCGGUUGCCCUGUCAUACUUGAAGAGAGUCACUGGAGUGCUCGUGUUCGUGAGUCAGAGGGAGGGAUGAAAGCUUGUGGAGCCUUCGAGGUGCUGGUCGAGGCCAGCUGCCUUCUCUUUCCGGACCUGUGCAGCACGGACUGCAUCGAUGUUCCAUCCGAAGCCGCAGAAGAAAGUACUCCAGGGCAUGCGUCGCCUUGCGCUUCACUCCGUGAUUGUCGCACGGUCUUUCACGACGCCAACCCCAAGACUGUGCUCAAGCUUCCCGACACAUACGUUCCUGUUUUCCGGAGGGCACAACGCCUUACGCGCCCUCCGUGUUUUCCAUCCCAUUGGCGCCUGGAGCUCGAUCGCACGUCAACUUUCCCAAGCGUUGACAGCGGCGGCCACAACGUUACUGUCAUUUCAGUUGAUGCCUCGCACUGCAGCCUAGAAAUCUCGAUGAUAGCAUGGGAUCUGGAUGCUGCCGAAAUGCUUGCGUUUCACAGAGAUAUCUGGGACAGAGCAGAACGAGGUCGGGAGAACAUCGAUGCAGCUGAUUUUCGAAUUCCAACGGAAGGCAAUCUGUGGGAUUUUGAUUGCCAGUUCGAGACCUCGUCUGGAACAUUGCGGACGCGAGGUGACGUCGUGAGCUACCCCAUCCUCAGCGAACUUCCACAUACCCAGGAGGCCCCUGUCUUGAUCGUUCACUGUGAGGCUCCAGGAGGCAGACUUGCGUCGCCUCCGUCGUCGGUUCUGCUGACGCGAUCUGUACGGUCUAUUCCCGACAUGCCCUCCAUCCAGCUCGAGGUGCCGUUGCGGGAGAAUCAGCGGAAGAAAGUCAGAACAGCUUUAUGCAAUUCACAAGUCUGGGGGUCGCACUCGCUGAAACAGCUGGCUCCAGACUUAAUGGAGUUCUGGUUUCUAUACUACAGCGAGCAUUUGAAGAUCGAUGAAAUCUACGUCUAUGAUUUGGAUGGAUCUUUCGAGAGCAUUCCCAUCGUUCAGGAACUCCGUGCCAGUGGACGGGUGGUUUAUGAUCCGUUCUUCUCAAGCAUACCGCCGUUGAAGGAUAUCUUUGCUUCGGCCGGGCACAAGACUUCGACAGCGCACUUGGCGCAGACCCUCGUGCAGCACCACUGUUGGCAGCAGGCCAGGCAAACCGCUGACUGGGUCAUCUCGCUCAACCACGGCUGGGAUAUGUUCCUAUUCUCCCCGGCAGGGGGCACCCUUCAGGACCUGCUGGAGGAACUGCCACCGGACCAGGUGACUCGCGUGCUCGGUGUGCGAUAUGGAGAGCACGAUUCUGUCGAUUCUGACGCAGAGGUCACGCCGAAUGUGAAUGUGUUCCUGCGCUUUCCACACCAUGUUGACCCUGGCGUGCGACCCGAGAAGAACAGCACCGAGGAGCUGGUAAUUAUCGCUAAACCUUUUCUGAUUGCGAACAUCGCCCUCAGCGCUGUCGUGGUCCGACAAGACGCCCCGCUUCGUUCGAACUUGCUUGAACAUCCGCUGCCGUGUCCCAAGGGGCAGUCGCGAGAGUUUGCUGGGCCGAUGAUGCACAAGGCCCAGCAGCUGGAUGCAGAGAAGUGGCGCGCCAACCACUAUGUGCAAGCUCUGGGCGGUCGCAAAGUGCUCUAUCGCUCAGAGGAGCAAAUGGUCGAGCUCCGCAACUUCUCCAUCUUCGAUGCUGCUGCAGUUCAGCUCGGCAGCAUUGGUUUGGCAACCAACCCGACCCACUAUGGCAAUCCGUCCACUGGCUGCGAGUCGGACGAGGUUGCCGUUCGCGUCAGCGGUCUCUCGGGCGACUUCUGCAGUCCGAAGUGCGACAGCCAGGGCACCUGCCCAAGCGACGUGCCCAAGGGCGACACCGCAAAUCCAGAGUGUGCUCUCCGAACCACGACUGGCGACAAGUACUGCGGCCUGAUCUGCCAGGCUGAUUCGGAUUGUGGCACGGGCAGCUGCCAAAAGAUGAUGGGGAUUGGCCUGUGCACCUACGAGUCGUCUUCGGUGAAGGCUCUGCCGGCUGUGAUGACUCAGGUGGCCGUGGCAACCAACCCGACCCACUAUGGCAAUCCGUCCACUGGCUGCGAGUCGGACGAGGUUGCCGUUCGCGUCAGCGGUCUCUCGGGCGACUUCUGCAGUCCGAAGUGCGACAGCCAGGGCACCUGCCCAAGCGACGUGCCCAAGGGCGACACCGCAAAUCCAGAGUGUGCUCUCCGAACCACGACUGGCGACAAGUACUGCGGCCUGAUCUGCCAGGCUGAUUCGGAUUGUGGCACGGGCAGCUGCCAAAAGAUGAUGGGGAUUGGCCUGUGCACCUACGAGUCGUCUUCGGUGAAGGCUCUGCCGGCUGUGAUGACUCAGGUGGCCGUGGCAACCAACCCGACCCACUAUGGCAAUCCGUCCACUGGCUGCGAGUCGGACGAGGUUGCCGUUCGCGUCAGCGGUCUCUCGGGCGACUUCUGCAGUCCGAAGUGCGACAGCCAGGGCACCUGCCCAAGCGACGUGCCCAAGGGCGACACCGCAAAUCCAGAGUGUGCUCUCCGAACCACGACUGGCGACAAGUACUGCGGCCUGAUCUGCCAGGCUGAUUCGGAUUGUGGCACGGGCAGCUGCCAAAAGAUGAUGGGGAUUGGCCUGUGCACCUACGAGUCGACUUCGGUGAAGGCUCUGCCGGCUGUGAUGACUCAGGUGGCCGUGGCAACCAACCCGACCCACUAUGGCAACCCGUCCACUGGCUGCGAGUCGGACGAGGUUGCCGUUCGCGUCAGCGGUCUCUCGGGCGACUUCUGCAGUCCGAAGUGCGACAGCCAGGGCACCUGCCCAAGCGACGUGCCCAAGGGCGACACCGCAAAUCCAGAGUGUGCUCUCCGAACCACGACUGGCGACAAGUACUGCGGCCUGAUCUGCCAGGCUGAUUCGGAUUGUGGCGCCAUCCCUGCACUAGUCAAUGGCACAGGCAGCUGCCAAAAGAUGAUGGGGAUUGGCCUGUGCACCUACGAGUCGUCUUCGGUGAAGGCUCUGCCGGCUGUGAUGACUCAGGUGGCCGUGGCAACCAACCCGACCCACUAUGGCAAUCCGUCCACUGGCUGCGAGUCGGACGAGGUUGCCGUUCGCGUCAGCGGUCUCUCGGGCGACUUCUGCAGUCCGAAGUGCGACAGCCAGGGCACCUGCCCAAGCGACGUGCCCAAGGGCGACACCGCAAAUCCAGAGUGUGCUCUCCGAACCACGACUGGCGACAAGUACUGCGGCCUGAUCUGCCAGGCUGAUUCGGAUUGUGGCGCCAUCCCUGCAGCUGGUAUUGGCUCCUGCCAAAAGGCAAUGGGCAUCGGUCUCUGCACCUACACCGGGUCUGUCGACCAGACAGUUGAGAAGGUGGCAAUGGCCAUUGCCGUGGCAACCAACCCGACCCACUACGGCAAUCCGUCCACUGGCUGCGAGUCGGACGAGGUUGCCGUUCGCGUCAGCGGUCUCUCGGGCGACUUCUGCAGUCCGAAGUGCGACAGCCAGGGCACCUGCCCAAGCGACGUGCCCAAGGGCGACACCGCAACUCCAGAGUGUGCUCUCCGAACCACGACUGGCGACAAGUACUGCGGCCUGAUCUGCCAGGCUGACUCGGAUUGUGGCACAGGCAGCUGCCAAAAGACGAUGGGCAUCGGUCUGUGCACCUACGACUCGUCCACGGUGAUGGCGUUGCCGGCUGCGAUGACCCAGGUGGCAGUGGCAACCAACCCGACCCACUACGGCAACCCGUCCACUGGCUGCGAGUCGGACGAGGUUGCCGUUCGCGUCAGCGGUCUGUCGGGAAGGUUUCACACAGGCUUGCUUCGGAGCAUGCUUUGGCUUGGCAUGGCACGUUUGCAGGUGGCCGUGGCAACCAACCCGACCCACUACGGCAACCCGUCCACUGGCUGCGAGUCGGACGAGGUCGCCGUUCGCGUCAGCGGGCUGUCGGGCGACUUCUGCAGUCCGAAGUGCGACAGCCAGGGCACCUGCCCAAGCGACGUGCCCAAGGGCGACACCGCAACUCCCCAGUGUGCUCUCCGAACCACGACUGGUGACAAGUACUGCGGCCUGAUCUGCCAGGCUGACUCGGAUUGUGGCACAGGCAGCUGCCAAAAGAUGAUGGGCAUCGGUCUGUGCACCUACGCGUCGUCCAUCGUGAAGGCUCUGCCGGCCGUGAUGACGCAGGUGGCAGUGGCAACCAACCCGACCCACUACGGCAACCCGUCCACUGGCUGCGAGUCGGACGAGGUUGCCGUUCGCGUCAGCGGUCUGUCGGGCGACUUCUGCAGUCCGAAGUGCGACAGCCAGGGCACCUGCCCAAGCGAUGUGCCCAAGGGCGACACCGCAACUCCCCAGUGUGCUCUCCGAACCACGACUGGUGACAAGUACUGCGGCCUGAUCUGCCAGGCUGACUCGGAUUGUGGCACAGGCAGCUGCCAAAAGAUGAUGGGCAUCGGUCUGUGCACCUACGCUUCGUCUAUCGUGAAGGCUUUGCCGUCCGUGAUGACACAGGUGGCCGUGGCAACCAAACCGACCCACUACGGCAACCCGUCCACUGGCUGCGAGUCGGACGAGGUUGCCGUUCGCGUCAGCGGUCUGUCGGGCGACUUCUGCAGUCCGAAGUGCGACAGCCAGGGCACCUGCCCAAGCGAUGUGCCCAAGGGCGACACCGCAACUCCCCAGUGUGCUCUCCGAACCACGACUGGUGACAAGUACUGCGGCCUGAUCUGCCAGGCUGACUCGGAUUGUGGCACAGGCAGCUGCCAAAAGAUGAUGGGCAUCGGUCUGUGCACCUACGCGUCGUCCAUCGUGAAGGCUCUGCCGGCCGUGAUGACGCAGGUGGCAGUGGCAACCAACCCGACCCACUACGGCAACCCGUCCACUGGCUGCGAGUCGGACGAGGUUGCCGUUCGCGUCAGCGGUCUGUCGGGCGACUUCUGCAGUCCGAAGUGCGACAGCCAGGGCACCUGCCCAAGCGAUGUGCCCAAGGGCGACACCGCAACUCCCCAGUGUGCUCUCCGAACCACGACUGGUGACAAGUACUGCGGCCUGAUCUGCCAGGCUGACUCGGAUUGUGGCACAGGCAGCUGCCAAAAGAUGAUGGGCAUCGGUCUGUGCACCUACGCUUCGUCUAUCGUGAAGGCUCUGCCGGCCGUGAUGACGCAGGUGGCCGUGGCAACCAACCCGACCCACUACGGCAACCCGUCCACUGGCUGCGAGUCGGACGAGGUUGCCGUUCGCGUCAGCGGUCUGUCGGGCGACUUCUGCAGUCCGAAGUGCGACAGCCAGGGCACCUGCCCAAGCGAUGUGCCCAAGGGCGACACCGCAACUCCCCAGUGUGCUCUCCGAACCACGACUGGUGACAAGUACUGCGGCCUGAUCUGCCAGGCUGACUCGGAUUGUGGCACAGGCAGCUGCCAAAAGAUGAUGGGCAUCGGUCUGUGCACCUACGCGUCGUCUAUCGUGAAGGCUCUGCCGGCCGUGAUGACGCAGGUGGCCGUGGCAACCAACCCGACCCACUACGGCAACCCGUCCACUGGCUGCGAGUCGGACGAGGUUGCCGUUCGCGUCAGCGGUCUGUCGGGCGACUUCUGCAGUCCGAAGUGCGACAGCCAGGGCACCUGCCCAAGCGACGUGCCCAAGGGCGACACCGCAAGUCCAGAGUGUGCUCUCCGAACCACAACUGGCGACAAGUACUGCGGCCUGAUCUGCCAGGCUGAUUCGGAUUGUGGCACAGGCAGCUGCCAAAAGAUGAUGGGCAUCGGUCUGUGCACCUACGCAUCGUCCAUCGUGAAGGCUCUGCCGGCCGUGAUGACGCAGGUGGCCGCGGCAACCAACCCGACCCACUAUGGCAACCCAUCUACUGGCUGCGAGUCGGACGAGGUUGCCGUUCGCGUCAGCGGUCUGUCGGGCGACUUCUGCAGUCCGAAGUGCAACAGCUCUGGGAUUUGCCCCAAGGACAUGCCCAAGGGUGAUACUGCAGUUCCCGAAUGUGCUUUGCGCACUACCACUGGGGACAAGUACUGUGGACUGGUCUGCCGAUCCGACUCAGACUGUGGAACUGGCUCCUGCCAGACCAGCCUGGGGGUCGGCCUCUGCACCUACGCCGCCGCGGAUGCAGCGCGCCCGCUGCAGCUUCUUCCUGCCGAGGCGGCACAGAUCAUCGUCUAA